UCAGGUAACAGAAGAUCAUAAGCUGGCGAUGAAGGAGGACGACGAGAAGAAAGACUUUGUGGAUAUUCUUCUUCAACUGAAAGACAGUGAUAUGCUUGAAUUCGAACCCACCAAAGAUGACCUAAAGCAAUCAUAACGGACAUGUUUUUAGCAGGGAAUGACACUACUUCAACGACAUUAGAGUGGAUUUUAACGGAGCUUCGGAGACAUCCCAGAAUCAUGAGGAAAGCCCAACAAGAGGUCAGGAAAGUGGUGGGGUCCAAAUCAAAAGUGGACGAAGCUGACAUAAACGGCAUGAAAUACUUGAAACAUGUCAUCAAAGAAACGCUUAGAUUACACCCACCAGCUCCUUCCAUGGUCCCUCGAGAAACAAUCGGCAAUGCAAAAUUAGGAGGAUACGACAUUCCUUCCAAAACAUUGAUGUUUGUGAACGCAUGGGCAAUCCAAAGGGACCCUGAAAUAUGGGAAAAGCCUGAAGAGUUUAUCCCGGAGAGAGUUGAGAACAGUCAGAUAGAUUUCAAAGGGAAAGACUUUGAGUUCAUCCCAUUUGGAUCUGGAAAAAGGAUAUGUCCUGGCAUGGCCUUUGGACUUGCUUCAGUUGAGUAUGAACUGGCUAAUCUUCUUCACUGGUUUGACUGGAAUCUGGAUGGUGAGAUUGAUAUGACCGAGAUGUAUGGGCUCACAGUGAAGAAGAAGGUCCCUCUUUUUCUUGAACUUAUACCAUACUCUGUCCACUCACAAUCUGGUUAAUCCGUCUUCAUGAUUUCGCUUCAUGUUUAUGGUUUCUGUUUGGUCUGUGAUGGUACUUGCUGUUAAAAUGUGAAGCUGCUUAUGAAGUUGCGUGUAUGGGAAGAAUAAUGGGUAUGAAUUUGUGGAUGUAAUGUGAAAUUCUAUCUUAGCUGCCUAGGAAAAUACUACUAUAGUGUGUGUUACUGAUGCCUUUGUUAUUGCUUUGAAUUUGUGAGGGGAGACAUAUAUGGCAAUAUUAUCAAAUAAGAGCGAGUAUCAUUCAGAACUCUGAAAUCAAA